AUGUUGACUACAGCCACUGCCUCAGCGUCUUCGAACUCAGAUCCAAAUGGUGCGCCUGGAAGUCAUCUUCGGGGGUAUAAACAGUUAAUGGACAGAUAUGACAGCUUAGUGAACUACACUCCUGCAAAUAUGGACGACCCGAUUGUUAUAAACGUUGGCGGAAAACGAUUUGAAACGUACGAAGAGACGCUGGCGCGUUUUCCAGAUACCCUUCUGGGAUGCGCCAGCCGAAGGUCCAAGUUCUACAACUCUAAGCGUCAGGAGUACUUUUUCGACCGGCAUCGCUCCGCGUUCGAUGCCGUUCUCUACUACUAUCAAUCUGGCGGAACUCUAAUUCGACCGGAGCACGUACCACCUCAUGUGUUUAUAAACGAAGUUAUCUUCUUUGACUUACCCGAGGAGUCAGUCCAACAUAUUCAACUUGAGGCGGGAAUCGCUGAUGAACCCGAGGAGCAACCCAUGCCGAACAACUAUUACAUGAGAAUUGUCUGGAAUGCGCUCGAGUACCCGAACUCCUCGCACCUGGCGAAAUUUCUGGCGAUUUUCUCCGUCAUAGUUAUCACUCUUUCGUUAAUCAUUUUCUGCAUCGAGACGCUGCCAGCGUUUAAAAUACAUCCCCAGAAACCAGAAAACGCAACAGACGAUUGGAAACCUCCACCUAAUCCUUACGAGAAAAUCUGGUUUCGGCUCAAUACUUUUGUCAUUGUUUGGUUUACGGGCGAGUACGUAAUUCGCUUCCUUACGUCUCCACAAAAAUUCAAAUUUCUAAUCGGAGCGCUAAACAUUAUUGACUUGUUAUCCAUACUACCGUAUUACGUUCAACUAGGGCUCCAAGAGGACGACUCUUCCAUCUCUGUCCUUCGCGUGGUGCGUGUCGUCCGCGUGUUUCGCGUGUUUAAACUCUCGCGCCACUCGCGCGGUUUGCAGAUAUUAGGAAACACUCUCAGAGCAAGUUUAAAUGAGUUGAUAAUGUUAAUGUUCUUCUUGGCUAUUGGCGUGAUGAUAUUUGCAAGCUGUGUUUUCUAUGCGGAAGGAGGCCUCGACAGCAAUUUCCCAAGUAUUCCUCACGCUUUUUGGUGGGCAGUUGUCACCAUGACGACUGUAGGCUACGGAGACGUGUCUCCAGAAAGCUUCCCGGGAAAGAUCGUCGGAGCACUUUGCGCUAUCUCAGGUAAGCCAACCUAA